GCAGAGCAAUCCAUCACCAUUACCACAGACUCCAGCCAAAUAUGACCAACUAGCAUACAACUUUCAUCAAUCUGUUCCCACUUUCUCUCAAUCUAUCCAUCUAUCCGUCUAUCUAUCUCCUUCCUCGUAUCAUCCAUGAGAAAGAGGAAAGUCACUUUACCAUUUUUGUUAUUCACGUAAUACGUGUUCUUGUGCCUUCCUUUGGAGAGCUAUCUAACUAACUACCUACUACCUACUACCUACCUACCUACCUAGUAGCUAUCUGACAAGCAAACAAUACCAACGCGCCGAUUCCCAAUUACCCCUCAUCUUCCACUUAUAAGAUCUGCUUGCUCCCAUUCUAAAUUAACUGAAAUCAUUUACUUUCCUCUCAAACCCGUUUCUUUUUGAAAUCCAUCAUAUCCCAAACUGCCUUCAAAGAUGUCUUCUCCGCCUCCUGACCAGACCGCUUUAAUGCAGGAGAUCCUGAAUUCCAUCAAAAAUCUACAACUCAACCAGAUCCAGCUGUCAUCUAACGUCGAUGCUAUUACCGGUCGUGUCAAUGUCUUAGCUGGCAUGAAGGAAGUUCGAGAUGUUGCGUCUACUGAUUCGGCAACUAUUUCCAAACCUUCCGAGCCUGUUGCAAGCAAUGAUGAAAGUGCAUCCAAGGAUGAGAAUGAAGCGGAGGUGCCCAAGUCUCCAACAAUCUCGGCGGCGAAGCCCGAUGAAGCACCCAUUCCUUCUUAUACCCAAAAAGCAAGCACCGGUACUUCUCGAAUCAUUCUCACUACAUACCCUGGACAAUCCGGUAUCAAUCCACUUCCUAUGGAAUGGGGUCAUAGCGACCCGCAAAUCAGAGGACCGGUAGUUGUUUCCAGAGCUACAGAAACAGCCCGAAGACGUAACGCAAUUGGAGCUCACGGUGGAUCCUAUUCGAUAUACUAUGCUUUGGCCGUUGCUAGCAAGGAAAUCAAGGCAGACCAUAAGCCAGAUUUCACAAACACAGAACCUGCCGCCAACAUCGGACCCUUCCCUCAAUGGGCCGACAAGAAAAAGAUAGUAUCGAUGGAUCCUUUGGGCCAUCUCGCUCCAUGGCUUUUCAAGGACACAAUUGAGAAGGAGAAUGUUGAUAUUAGACCUACUAUUGCAAUCACCCGAGCUCAUAUGAAGCUACCAGAAUUAGAAGCUAGCGUGCGUGAAGGUCGGCUCAAGCCGGAUGGCAAGAUUUGCUUGAAUGAGGCUGGUGAACUUGCAGUCACAAAAUUUGCCGUGGAACCAGUUUGGUAUUUACCUGGGGUGGCUGAGCGAUUUGGCAUCUCCGAAGGGGUUCUGAGAAGAGCACUGUUCGAGCACACUGGUGGAUCAUACCCCGAAUUGAUUACCAGAGGAGAUAUCAAGCUCUUCAUGCCACCAAUUGGUGGUUUGACCGUCUACUGCUUUGGAGACCCCGCGAAGAUGUCAGAUGAGAAUGUUCGCCUAGCUUUACGAAUUCAUGACGAGUGUAACGGAAGUGACGUGUUCGGAUCUGAUAUUUGUACAUGCCGUCCUUACCUGAUCUAUGGUAUCGAGGAGGCUGUCAAGGAGGCGCAAAAGGGUGGUAGUGGGGUGAUUUACUUCAGAAAAGAAGGUAGAGCUCUUGGAGAGGUUACAAAGUACCUCGUUUAUAACGCUAGAAAGCGUGGACUUGAUCGAGCUUCGGAAUAUUUCAAGCGCACGGAAAAUAUUGCCGGUGUAAAGGAUAUGCGUUUCCAGGCAUUGAUGCCCGACAUUCUUCAUUGGCUGGGAAUAAAGAAAAUUGACAGAAUGCUAAGUAUGAGCAACAUGAAACACGAUGCCAUAGUCGGUCAAGGAAUCCCCAUCCAUGAGAGAGUUGAGCUUCCUGAAUCAUGGAUCCCAGCGGAUUCGAGGGUCGAGAUUGAUGCAAAGAUUACAGCAGGAUACUUUACUACUGGUCAUAGAAUGACAGAGGAGGAACUUGCUGCUGUCAAGGGACGUAGUUGGGAUGAUAUUGAUCAUUGAUCACGCGCGGAGAGAAACAGUCAUGACUCGGGCCGCACAAUAUGUACCUGCAUGCAGUAUGAAUGCCUAACAUACCAAACGUAGUCUAGUACAUAGAACAACGAUUUUAUUUUACCUUACCAAUGUUUUAACUUUUGUCUUGUCAGAU